AACAUGUGAUUCGCAUAUCUUUGCUACAUGCUUUAGAAACAUAUAUAAACCUAUGAAUGCAUCUUCACUUCAGCUAGUGUCAAUAAAUCUGCAAUCAAAGAUGCAUGCAUUCGUUUGUCUUCUAUUCGUCGCUCUAGUAUACGCCGUUCAAGGAGCCCCUUCUCCUCGUAUCGUCGGAGGCAAAGAUGCUCCCAUCGGCAAAUUUCCAUAUCAAAUAUCAUUGCGAUAUUUAAAUGCACACACAUGCGGUGGUUCUAUCCUAAAUACUCGUACUGUUCUCACCGCCGCACAUUGUGUCGCAGGGCUCGAAAAACAAUUAAAUUUUUUAUCGGUUCAUGCCGGCACAAAUUAUUUGAACGAAACAGGAUAUAUGUUUAAAGUAGCGAAUAUUACUAUUAAUGAAAAUUAUAACGGAGCACAGCUCACUAAUGACAUUGCUCUAAUUCAUCUUGCAACUCCUAUCAAAUACAAUGCUGUAGUGCAACCGAUAAAGCUUGCGACAACUGAUAACGAUCUUGAAGGCAAGCCUUGUACAUUAUCCGGAUGGGGCACUACUAAGCUGGGUGGCAUUCCUCCAAACAGUUUACAAGAAAUUGAUUUAAUGAUUUAUCCUCAAAAAAAAUGUAAUUCCGUAUACCCUAAUGUGAUAUCUAGUCAUAUAUGCACUUUAACUAAAGCAGGACAAGGAGCGUGCCAUGGUGAUUCCGGCAGUCCUUUAGUAAGCAAUGGAAGUCAAGUUGGAAUUGUUUCCUUCGGCUCACCUUGUGCAGUUGGAUAUCCAGAUGUAUUCACAAGAGUGAGCAGUUUUACAUCUUGGAUUAUUACAAAUAUAGAAUAAUUGUGUAAUAUAUUUAUUAAGAUGCUAAUUUACUUAUAUAUAUGAUUUAUAAUUCAAUUAAAAUAUAUAAUUGUGUGAAUUAUUUUUAUAAAAAUUAUAUGAAUAUUAUAUUUUCACAGCAAUUAAAUAAAUUGCAAUGUAAUACAUAAAGAGUAAAUAAAAAAUCUAUCAAAAUGUC